UCAGCGAAGAUGAAGUGAAGCAAUGGUAUUCGGGAUUUUCAAAGGUGUGCCAAAACAAACAGGUAUCCAAAAGGACUGUCCAGACGGGCGACUCACAGAACAAGCAUUCCUCAAAAUAUAUCAACAAUUUUUCCCAAAAGGAGACCCAAAAAAGUUCGCGUCGUUUGUAUUCAGAGUCUUCGACGACGACAAAGACGGAAUGAUUACAUUUGAAGAGUUUAUCAGAGCGCUGUCGACCACAUCCCGGGGCACAUUAGAGGAGAAGCUAUUAUGGACUUUUAAGUUAUAUGAUUUGGAUAACGAUGGAUUUAUCACACGAGAAGAGAUGAUUCUGAUAAUAGAAGCCAUAUAUCAGAUGUUGGGCCCAAACACUGAGAGUGAAGAUGAAAAUGCCGAGAAGAGAGUGGAAAUGAUAUUCAACCACUUGGAUACAAAUAAAGACGACAAGCUUUCAAUGGAUGAGUUUAUGGAGGGCUCGACACAAGACCCCAAAAUAGUGGCCGCACUCUCU